UUAUAAUCUUUAGUCUGACAAUUUCUGUCUUGCCGAACCAAUAAAGACUAAAAUAUCGUUUAUUGCACUUGGAAAUUAUCGAGGCAAUAAUAAGUACUUCUAUUUCGCCGAGUGUACACAAAUGCAGUUUUCGAAGUCGCUUCGUUGAAGGAACUAUCUCAGCGUAUUUCGAAACAUUCCUUAUCUAAUCGAGUCCACUCGAUUGCUGAGUUUGAUUGUACAUAUUCAAUCAGUGUAAUUUUUAUCCCGCACUUGUGCAGACCUCUGCUACUCUUAUUUCCAAAUUAAAUUCUCUGUACUCGUUAUAUUCCAUAUGGAAAAACAGUUCGUGAAUCUAUUUGAAAAUGACAGUACGAUUCCGGAUGAAGUACAAGAAAAAUUUGCAAAGGUGAUCGAAAGAUAUCAACAAUUGAACGAUGAAGAAAAGGAGGAGUUCCAAAAGGGUGCUUUUGAUAUAUUAACAAGGAAUCUGCAAAAGUCGAAGAACAUGAUUUCGCAUACGUGGCUUGCAUCGUAUCAAUCUUUCUUUCUAUUCAUUUUCGCUGUAUCGAUUGUGACAUUUCUGCUCGUUAUUAUUGCGCGUAGAUUAUAUGGGCGCACGAAAGAACGAGAACAACGUCAAGAAGAGAAGAAAAAGCUAAGACAACAGAAAGCAGAGAUAAAGAAAAAGAAAAAGAAGCAAACAUAACGUAUGAUUAUUUAUGUUCAAUAACGUUUUAAUAGAAAAAUU